CGCUGCGAGUAGAGGGUUGCUGGAGCGGCAGGAUGUGCAGGCAGAGACAGAGGGACUGAUAGCCUGAUAGGAACUGCGAUAGACAGUCAGAGGCAGACACAGCAGCUACGACUUAGAGGGAAAGGGGGAAGAAAUUUUGGAGUAUUGCUUCACCUCAGCCGCAUCCACUUAUUUGCCAACAUUCCCGUUAAUGUGAGGAUGUCGGUGAACCCCCCCAGCAGUAACGACGCCUGCCUCAGCAUCGUGCACAGCCUCAUGUGCCACCGGCAGGGCGGGGAGAACGAGGGCUUCGCCAAGCGCGCCAUCGAGAGCCUGGUGAAGAAGCUGAAGGAGAAGAAGGACGAGCUGGACUCCCUCAUCACGGCCAUCACCACCAACGGCGUGCACCCCAGCAAGUGCGUCACCAUCCAGAGGACGCUGGACGGGCGGCUGCAGGUUGCAGGACGUAAAGGCUUCCCUCAUGUGAUCUACGCCCGACUAUGGCGAUGGCCUGACCUGCACAAGAAUGAACUUAAGCAUGUCAAGUUCUGCCAGUUUGCCUUCGACCUCAAGUACGACAAUGUCUGUGUCAACCCCUACCACUACGAGAGGGUGGUAUCACCUGGCAUCGUUGGUCUUAGUAUCCAGAGCACAGGGAACCUCCCGUCCCCUCAAGGCCCAAUGGGCCGACUGAUCAAAGAGGAGUUCAUUUCUGACUGCGUUCACAUGGACAUCCCUCCUAGAAUGACACCCCAGCCUGACCACCAGGGGGUGCUGAAGCUGCACCCUUCUGAGCACUACAGCCAACCCCUUCCACCGCUGCAGUUACCCCCAGAGCCACCCCAUACCUCUGCACCCGUCACUCUUUACCCCAACAUCCCCCUCUCGCCCCCCGCCUCCAGCUCCAUGUUGUCCAUGCACGGUGGUCAUAGCGAGGGUCUGCUGCAGAUUGCAUCCUCCCAGGGCCAGCGCAUGGCCCCCACGCCACCUCCCUCCACCCCAACCCACGGACCCCCCCAGCACCCUCCCACCAAAAAUGGCUACUGCACCCCCAAACCACCGUCGACACAGGGAGCCUUCCACACUACCUGGACAGGCAGCAGCACGGCCUCAUACACCCCUGCAGGACCCCAGCAGAAUGGGCGGGGCCAUCAGCAGCCGCCCCUCCACCACCCUUCCCACUUUUGGUCUCAACAUCACAGCUCUGCCUCCUUCCCUCCACCUGUCUCCAACCAUCCAGGCCCAGAGUUCUGGUGCUCGAUCUCGUACUUCGAGAUGGACGUGCAGGUCGGGGAGAUGUUCAAGGUCCUGGCCAGCUGCCCGGUGGUGACAGUGGAUGGGUACGUGGACCCCUCGGGCGGAGACCGCUUCUGCCUGGGCCAGCUCAGCAAUGUGCACCGCACCGACGCCAGUGAAAGAGCCAGGUUGCACAUUGGGAAGGGGGUGCAGCUGGAGUGCCGGGGAGAGGGGGACGUGUGGAUGCGCUGUCUGAGCGACCAUGCCGUCUUCGUGCAGAGCUACUACCUGGACCGGGAGGCUGGGAGAGCACCAGGGGACGCAGUGCACAAGAUCUACCCUGGGGCCUACAUCAAGGUGUUUGACCUGCGUCAGUGCCACAGGCAGAUGCAGCAGCAGGCAGCCACGGCGCAAGCAGCUGCAGCGGCGCAGGCGGCCGCCGUGGCGGGAAACAUCCCCGGGCCGGGCAGUGUGGGGGGCAUCGCCCCGGCCAUCAGUCUGUCGGCAGCAGCAGGGAUCGGGGUGGAUGACCUGCGGCGGCUCUGCAUCUUGAGGCUGAGUUUUGUGAAGGGCUGGGGGCCGGACUACCCCCGGCAGAGCAUCAAGCACACCCCCUGCUGGGUGGAGGUGCACCUGCACCGGGCGCUGCAGUUGCUGGAUGAGGUGCUGCACACCAUGCCGCUGGCCGACCCCGGGCCUGCCAACUGAAGCGCAGGGCUGAGAGGACCACUACAAGGAGUAGGCGCUGGGUACUUUCCCACCGAAACCCUCACUGAACCUCACUGAACCAUGCCACAGUCAGACUCGUUCAGUUGAACGGCAGAACUGCUGGAGCGAUGUACCGUUUCAGAACUACAGAAUUGGAGCACCUCCAUUCCAGUUCCCUACAACAGAGGCAAGGUACAGUAUCUGGAUAACACCAGUGCCUCCCCUUUGUGCUGAAAAUUACAGGCACAUAGUGAUGAACUUCCAAGUCGUGGGAGGAAGCUUUCAAACUCUGGAUCACAAAAGAACUAGAACUGCAGACCUGGCCCAGGAACACACAGUCAAUGCUGAGUUCACAUGGAAUCAACUCUGAAAUCCACUGACUCAAUUACUCUAGACCAGGGGUCAGGCAAUGGUUAAUGGAACUAUACUUUGACAGAGAAUACCUCUACUGCUCAGAAUAGUUUGAACUCAACCCUUUCAUACAGCAGCAAGCGCAAAACAAUUUUCCUCCGAAUGACUUGUUUUUUUUUUUCUUCAUGUAAGUAAACAUCAAGUCAGCUUUUCAAGUUGGCUGUUGCCUUCAUUCUCAACUAUUCUGCUACAAAGUGUAACAUCUACCAAAAGAAUUAGGGGAACAUAGCUUUAAAAUAAUAUGUCUUAGUGACUGUUCAGCACAAUAUUUAAUCAAAAUAGUGCAAUUCACCAAAGCAAGAUACCUCAAAAACAUGAAACAAAAACCACAGACCUCCAAGAGUUCUCUGCUAGAAUUGUGUCCUGCACAGCUCUUUAGACAGUUCUUUCUUCUGCCACCAAAGUUAAAGAAAGUUACUUGUGAAUGAAUCAAGUGAAUUUUCCAUCCUUAACCAAAAAUUAAAAGGACAAUGACAAUGUUUUGCUUUGUUAGUUUAAGCAAGAGCCCGCAGGGCAUGGGGAAUUUUUAAACUGUCACUAUUUUAUUAGUAAUGUAUAAUUUAGCAUAAUUGUGACAAGCAUAAGCCAUACAAAAUGAAUGUCCAAUGAGUGAUUGGAGAUUCAGCAACAGGCUGGGUUUACUGCAUAUGGCCUCAGAGAAAGAGGUCAGUGUUGGGGAAUUAACUUCAAAUCCAGUAGUAGGUAACUGGCA